AUGUGGAGUCGAUCGAGACUGAUAAUCAUUGAUUUGCAUCCCUACGAGAAACGUUGGUUGCCAAUUCAUCUCUUUGUUGGUGCGAAUUCCUGUACUUGCGGUAGCGCCCAGGAACACAAUCACUCAAGCGACGGUGGUAAACAGCUCAAUCUCCUUCACAUUUCAUUGCAGACCACUCUCAGCACCAACAAGCUCCUUCAAAAGUAUGACCUCCUUUUGGGACAGUUUCUGCAAAUUCCGAAUGUUUUGGACGUUAGACAGAAGGAUACUCAAGCCCAAGGCUAG